AUGGCCAGUCAGCAGGCUGAAAUCCUUCCAGAGGUCUUGGAUGAAAACCCAGAAGAUGAAUGUGCAGAUGUGACUGUGCCACACAUCACGGACAUUACGUUUCAGGAAUCUGAAUACCCAUUUGUGGACAGCGAUGACUCAGUGAUGGAGCUCUUACAAGGCCAAGUUGAGGAGAGUGAUGCGUCUGCUGGGCCCAUUGAAUCCCCACUUGAGGAGAGUGACGCCACUGCGAGGACCAUCCAAACCCCUUUUGAGGACACUGGGCCUGUCACCCCAGCUCUGGUCACAAGUUCUGAUUCCAGAGGCAUUCCUGGAUGGGAGGCAGUUGAUGCUUUGGCAGGGUACCUGGUUGGGCUGAACCGAUCAAUAACUGCUCUCUCGAAUACUGAGGUGGCAGAGAUAUUGAGGCUGUACAGCUGCUUGAACAUCUUCGACCAGACCCCCACCCGAUACACCCUCAAAAGUAAAAAAACAACUUUGUCAGGACCUUGGAGAGCGUCAAGGAAGCGCAGUGGCUCUGCUCCAGGCCAGCAAGCUGCUGAAAGAUUGUACAUGGUUCAUGGCCAGGCUGCGCACAGACCAGAUCAUAACCGAGUUUCAGAGUGUGUGGCUCUGAAACUGUACAAGGAGUUCAGGGAGGCCAGAAAUAGGCCAAAGGACAAUAAGGGCAAGACUUUUCCCAUUCCACAGUCGAUUGUCAUGGCUUACAGCCAUAUCAAGCAGCUGGUUGAGGACAGCAGAGACAUUAUGGACAAGACUGACCUGGUGUUAGUGAACAUCAACAACACCACGGUGUCCUCCUGGCUGCAUGAUCGGCAAAAAAGAACUGAGCGAGAUUUGCUCCUUCAGGGCACACAUCUUCCUGGACAGAUCACUGUAGCUGAGGAAUCGCUCCCUGAACCCCUUGCCUUACCAUCGCGGCCGGUUCAGCGUGGGCACAGUCCUCUGGUGUUUCAGGAGCCAGAGAACCUUGAGGGUUUGGCAAUGAUACGACAGCGUCGCAGUGCCAGAGCACCAGCGCCAGAGAGAAUCAGCCUCAAGCAUGAUGGUGCUGAGAUCCCUCCUUCCCACAGCUGUAUGCAGGAACAGUCCUCAGUCUAUCAGCUGCCCCCAGCACAUCACCAGAGCUGGCCCUCUUUCCAUCCACAAGCCAUGGACCACACCCAGGGCUGGUUCUCUAACCCUCACCAGUUACCCCCAGCAUACCCUCAGAGUUGGUUCUCCUCCCAACAGGCACCCUCAGCACCCCCAACUCACCCUCAAGGCUCAACGCCUUACCUGGCACCCCCAGCACACUCCUACGGUUGGCCCUCCCAGCAAUCCUCCACAUGCACCCAGGGCUGGUCUGCCACACACCACCUGCCCUCCACAUCCACCCUUUUACCCCCAUUGUUAGGACUUUGUUAG